CUUCCCAGGCGUCCUCACAAGGUCGCUUUCAGGAGCGGGAGCGCGCGUGACCAGACCUUGUUUCGGGGGCGCGCUGCGUCCUUUUGCUUUUUUACCUGCGGCGACAUGACGGGGUACACGCCAGAUGAGAAACUGCGUCUACAGCAGCUGCGAGAGCUGAGACGACGAUGGCUGAAGGACCAGGAGCUGAGCCCCCGGGAGCCUGUCCUACCCCCCAAGAGGAUGUGGCCUAUGGAGGCUUUCUGGAAUAAGUUUUUGCAGGACAGGGCCCCUUGGAAGAAUAUGAUCUAUAAGGUAUACCGGAACAGUAUCUUUGCUGUUACUCAUUUACUUAUACCCACCUGGAUUGUUCAUUAUUAUGUCAAAUAUCAUGUAUCUGCAAAACCAUAUGCCAUUGUUGCAAGGAAGCCCAGAAUAUUCCCAGGUGAUACAAUUCUGGAGACUGGAGAAGUAAUUCCACCAAUGAAAGAAUUUCCUGAUCAACAUCACUGAAGAUUACUUAAAACUUUCAAAGGUUUAUGAGCCCAAGUUUGUUCCUAUUGCCAUAUUUACUGAAUAUACUUCCUGGAAAAGUAAUAAAGUUUAUUCUCAGAAAAGUGUCA